AUGGCCGUCCCGGGUUGCGGUCCCUCGGUGCCUGGCGCCUUUCCUUUUGGGAUCAAGGCAAACUCCGCGUGGUACUAUCUUGUCGGAUCUGAAUUCGUGGUAGCCGACGGAUGGACCCCUCCGUGGAACUACUGCGGAUUCCCGUGCUAUGAUACCCUCACUUCCACGAAAGGGAGCCGUCGGCGACUGGGGAUGAUCAUCUUCCUUCGGAGUCUGGACCUCCUUGGCUCACAAUGUGCCAAGAUCUACCGCGGACCAGAGGGAAAUAUAAGAGGCCAUCAACAGUCCUCGACGUCAGGAACAUCUACCGCUGACCUCGUCCUCAACCAUUCACUCUCUAUUCUUUCGCAACAUCACAAGAUGCGUUCUCUCUCUGUUCUCCUCGCGGCCAUCACCGCUGUCUCCGCGCAGCAGGCCGGCACCCAGCAGACCGAAACCCACCCCAAGCUGACCUGGCAGAAGUGCACCAGCUCCAGCUGCACCAACCAGAACGGUGAGGUCGUCAUCGACUCUAACUGGCGCUGGCUUCAUGACAGCUCGGGCGCCAACUGCUACGACGGCAACAAGUGGACCGACAAGUGCAGCACCGCCACCGACUGCGCGUCCAAGUGCGCCCUCGAGGGUGCCGACUACUCCGGAACCUAUGGCGCCACGACCUCCGGCAACGCCCUCAGUCUCAAGUUCGUCACGCAGCACGCGUACGGCAAGAAUAUUGGCUCGCGUCUGUAUCUCAUGAACAGCGCUACCAAGUACGAGAUGUUCACCCUCACCGGCAACGAGCUGGCGUUCGAUGUCGACCUUUCUCAGCUUGAGUGCGGCCUGAACGGUGCCCUCUACUUCGUCCAGAUGGACGAGGACGGUGGCAUGGCCAAGUACUCCACCAACAAGGCUGGUGCCAAGUACGGUACUGGAUACUGCGACGCCCAGUGCGCUCGCGACCUCAAGUUCGUCGGCGGCAAGGCCAACAUCGAGGGCUGGGUUCCCUCUUCCAACGAUGCCAACGCUGGUGUCGGUCCGUACGGCGGCUGCUGCGCCGAGAUGGACGUCUGGGAGUCCAACGCACACUCCUUCGCUGUCACCCCCCACGCGUGCAAGAACAACGCGUACCACGUCUGCGAGAAGAGCGGUUGCGGUGGCACCUACUCCGAGGACCGCUUCGCUGGCGACUGCGAUGCCAACGGCUGCGACUUCAACCCGUACCGCAUGGGUGUCACCAACUUCUACGGCAAGGGCAAGACCGUUAACACCUCCCAGAAGUUCACCGUCGUCACCCAGUUCUCCAACAACAAGGUUGCCCAGUACUUCGUCCAGAACGGCAAGAAGAUUGAGAUGCCUCAAUCCGCCAUCAGCGGCGUCACUGGCAACGCCGUGACCCCGGAGUUCUGCACCAACCAAAUGAAGGCCUUUGGCGACCGCGACCGCUUCUCCGAGGUUGGAGGCUUCUCCCAGAUGAACUCCGCCUUCAGCGGCAAGUGGGUGCUGGUUAUGUCCAUCUGGGACGACCACUACGCCAACAUGCUCUGGCUCGACUCCGUCUACCCUCCCGAGAAGGCCGGCCAGCCCGGUGCGGCCAGAGGCGACUGCCCCACGACCUCCGGUGUUCCCGCCGAUGUCGAAAACAGCCUUGCCAGCGCUACCGUCACCUACUCCAACAUCCGCUUCGGCCCCAUCGGCUCUACUGUCAAAUAA